AUGAAUCAACAAUAUUUUGCCUCAACAACACCUCAACAUCAAGCUUUUCAAUUGAUGGCUAAUCAACAAUCAAAUGAUAACUACACAAUGAUAUCAUCCCCUAAUAAUGCAUUCAUGAGACAACAACCAUUUAUGAAUGUAGUCAACCAGUCAACUAUGAAUACUCUUCCACAAUUAUACAAACAACAAAUUAACAUGCAACAACAGCAAUCAAUCCUUAGCCACCAAGUAAUUAAUCAACGACCAAAUUACUUACAACAACAAUAUUAUGCUCAAUCCUUACAGUCAACUCCAAAAUUCUUCAAUUCUACCUCCUCUGCUCCUCUUCUAACCACCUCCACUUGUAACAAUACUCAAUCAUUCUUUGAUAAUAAUUCACAUUUUACCAAUUCGUUGGUUCUCUCUCCUGAAGAUGAAGAAUUAUUAAGUCAUUUACAUGAUAACGAAAUGAUCAUGAUCAAUAAUAAUAAUACUACAACUCUUAAAACUAACUCAUCGAAUGCUACUCCACAAGUUGUUGAUCAAAAACCUCAACAACAACAAUCAGAACCUUCUCCAGUCAACCAACAAGAAGAUGAACUCUCUGACUUUGUUGCUGAUGACAAUAAUGCUAACUGGAAAGUUUCUUGGACAGAUUCGAAUAGAGAAAGAGAAUGGCAGUUAGGUGAAUUCCCUCAAUUCAAAGCAUGUAAAAAGAGAAAGGAAUUCUUUACUGCCCAAUUUGAAAAUAUUUGGUACAAGAUUCCUUACAAGUAUCACAUGUUAAUGAAGGUUAAGAGCUUUGGAAAGGACUACAUUACAGUUUCCCAAGAUACUAAUGGUAAACCAUUGACUAAGAAAGCACUCUCAGAGUUGAAUAAGAAUCGUGUCAAGUGCAGAGUUGAAAUUUGCUUUGAAGAUGGUUCUCCUGUAUUGCCAAGUGAUGGUCAACAAUGUUGCAUGUCUAAUACUGAGCAUUCAUUCGAUGGAUUGAAUCUCAAGUUGGGACCAUUCCAGUUCAACAUUUGUUCCUACAAGUACGGUUACAAGAAGUUCAGAUUGAAUGUCAUCUUAUCUGCCAGAGCUAAUGGAACUCAAGAUGACAGUGAACCAACAUUCACUGAUGUUGUAACCUUGCAAUCACCUCCAUUCAUUAUCAAGUCAAAGAAGCCUAUUGCUAGACCUGGUGCUAAGAAAGCUCUCCAACAAGCCAACACAUCUGAUUCAGAACAACCAACCGUUCAAUCACCAACUGAAAACUCACAAUCAGAUUCCUCUGCCUCUAAACAAACCAAGUCCAAUAAGAAGGGUUCUAAGAGAAGUCGUGAAAGUUUCCAAGCAUUGGUAAAAGCUACUCACUCACCUAAGGGAUUGGUUACUUCACAACAACCAGCUGCUGUUGCCACUAGUCCAACUCUCAACUCUCCAAGAUCUUCCUCACAAACAAGUUCUGGUAACACCUCACCUUCAACAAUUGCUCACUAUCCAAUCAAUAACAAUAGCUAUUUCUCGAAUUCAUUUGAGCAAGAACAAAUCAUUACUCCUCACGACAUGGAAGAACAAAAGAGAGCUUUUGAACACCAUUUACUUUCUUUAUUGUUGAAUUCAAUCAAUACACCAGCUCAAGAUAUGAAUCAAAACUUGAUGAUUGGUAACGGCAUGUCAUUUUAUCAACAUGUUCCACUUAAUUUGUCUCAACCACCAGUGCAAGUAAACAAUUGGAGCUACAACGAAUUCGAAAAUGAUUUGAAGAAGAUGAAACCUAAUCCACACAUGGUACAAAAUAUUCAAGAAACAAACUUUGAUUUUGAAUAA